GUUAUUGCGGGCGGUGAUUGGUCGAAAUCAGUAUCGUAGCAUACAGGUACCUUUAGGCGCCUGUGCGCACCCCUGGAGCUACAAAGUUCACCACUCGCAUACGACAGCCACGCCCGUGCUCUUUAACGACCUCUAGACGGUAUACCAGUAUCUCUCUCUCGCUGUCGCACACGUUCAAGCUUCUCCUUUUCCACGCCUUGGUUGCCAGGGCUCGCACAGAAAGUCCCAGAUAGACGGAUAAACCGGACGAGUCGGUCACGAUGUAUGAUUCCUCUUCGGGCGAUGACGACACGCCCAAAAUUAUCGUGCUCCAAGGAGAAGAGAACUUUGGGAUUUGGGAAGGUUAUGCCAUACGUGUCCUCAGGAUGCUUGGCCUUGAGGGGUUCAUAAGGGGCACGGAGACACCUCCCCUUGGCAAUACGCCCGAAAAUAUGAAAGAGCUCAGGAGCUUCAAGGACAGGAAAUGGCACGCCUGGAGUCUCCUCUAUGAAAGUGUCCAAAUCCUGGUAGCCCAGAAGCACAUCCGCAGGUGGGGCCCAUACGAUCGACUGGAUGACUGCGAUCCGAAAGUACUAUGGGAUGCGGUGCAACGCUGGUAUACCAACAUUGACCCAACCCAAAAACUCGCCUUUUUAAGGGAGCUCACCACCAUCGACUAUCGUCAAUUCGAUGACAUCGAUGCAUUCCUGGAUAGAGCUGAAUGGCUUCAACGGCGUCUUGGGCGCCUCGGCAUGCCAAUAUCGGAUGAGAUGAUGAAGACGUGUCUGUACGGAGGUGUGUUUCCACACCACCCCAGCAAAAUUUUGGAAAGUCUUAUAAUCGUGCGGUACGACAAAUGGGACUCCGAAACAAUGAUCUCGGAGAUUAGAAAGCACAUAUUCGCCAUUCAAGACCAGGCAAACAAACACCAACAAGAGCAACAAGAAAUCAACAGGCCCCGCAAUGCCAAUAGGCAGUCUUCCGAACAUCGCGGUGGUUCAAGGCAACGCGGUCGUCGCCAUUGAAGACAUAUCUCUGAGUCGUGUCUCCUCGGCGAUCCCUCAUCUGUCCUGCUUAGGUUCUCCUUCACUGGUCACCCAUAGCUCAGGCCUCCAGUGAUUUACAACGCGGAGGCGAUAAGGGUAACGGCGAAGCCUCGGAUACUAGUUGAUUUUUGCCCAUCUUCUUGAGGGUCUACCUGUUCGAUCUCGUAAGGAAAAGGGCAAGAAGCGCACAAAAGAGUACGGGGGCAGGUCUGAGCUUCUGGGAUGGUAUGGAGGAAAGCAUCAACAUAUGAGACGAUGGGAACUUGAUGGCAGGGAAAAUGCUUCAUUGGUGGCUUGUUUGGUUGAAAAGGAAAAGGCGUGCCACCCAGCUAGAGGUAAAUACGGUACUCUGUAAAUGGAAAUUCAAGGUGGGAUGCACCUUCCACACGUAACA